CAAAAUAAAAUAUAUAUGUAUAUAUAUAUAUACACAACAUAUAUGCAAACACAAAUAUAAUACUAAUGACUGCAGUGUAAAAUUAAAUUAAAUAUAGACAGUGUGCAAAAUGCAAAGUGUAUAUGUGUGUAGUGUAAAUGAAAUGUGUGAAGUGCAGAUCAACAUAGUGUAAAUAUGAAUGUGUACAGUGGUAAUAAUUAUGAUGUUAUUAUAACAGUUAUUGCACUAUGAUCUGGCAAGAGGUGAUCUGUUAUAGAGCCGAAUAGCCGUCCGCAGGAAUGUUCUCCUGUAUCUGUCCUUGUGGCAGCGGAGCGUGAGGAGACGUCUGGAGAAAGUCCUCCUCUGUCCCUGUAGGAGGUGGUGGAGAGGGUGGUCCGGGUUGUCCAAUAUGGACAAAAAAUUAUUCAGCCUACACGCAUUUUAUGAUGUGCUUUAGAUAUCGAGAAGUCUCCGAAAAGUUACGUGGUUCAUGUCAUCUUGGAUCCUGAAUGGAUCACUGUCGUUCCAACUUUAAUGGCUGUUUUUGACUGAAAUAAUGCUGGUGAGCCCUUUUUCUUUGUAUUUCCUUGGCAUCCACUGCUUCCUUGUGCCCGUCUCAGGGUCCGGCAGCCAUGAAGACGCGGCCACGUUGCGCGAGGCCGGGAACGUCUCCUCCGAUGGCAUCGCGUUCGCCGUGAGCUCGCCGGCGACGAUGCCCGUUCGCCCCGGGGACGAAUGGUCCGCUCCGCUCCCGGAGGCCGGGGCCCUCAACGCCAGCCUCUGCUGCCUCGUCGCGGGGCUGCUGAACCCGUCGACGGGGAACACCUCCAUGGGCUCCCGGUCGACCCCGGGGCCGGUCGCGCCGCCGACGGCGGAGGCCUCGGCGAGCCCGCCGGGGGUCGGCGCGCCCCUGCAGGUCUUCUUCUGCUUCGCCAUGGUCGUCAUCCUGCUGCUGGCGCUGCUGGGAAACAUGGUGGUGUGCUUGAUGGUGUACCAGAGGUCCGCCAUGCGCUCGGCCAUCAACAUCCUCUUGGCGAGCCUGGCGUUCUCCGACAUGAUGCUGGCCAUCCUGAACAUGCCCUUCGCCCUGGUCACCGUCAUGACCACGCGGUGGAUCUUCGGGGACGUUUUCUGCCGCGUUUCGGCCAUGCUCUUCUGGUUCUUUGUGAUGGAGGGCGUGGCCAUACUGCUUAUAAUAAGCAUCGACCGUUUUCUCAUCAUUGUCCAGAAGCAGGAUAAGCUGAGCCCGCAGAGAGCUAAACUGCUCAUCGUGGUCACAUGGGGACUCUCGUUCAUCUUCUCCUUCCCCCUGGCGGUUGGUUCCCCGCCCUUACAGAUCCCCCCCAGGGCCCCUCAGUGUGUAUUUGGAUACAGCGUCGAGCCGGGUUACCACACCUACGUGAUGAUAAUAAUGCUCGCCUUCUUCUUCCUGCCCUUCAUGGUCAUGCUGUACACGUUCAUGGGGAUCCUGAACACCAUCCGCCACAACGCCAUCCGCAUCCACAGCCACCCGGACAGCAUCUGUCUGAGUCAGGCCAGCAAACUGGGCCUGCUGAGCCUCCAGAGGCCCUUCCAAAUGAACAUAGACAUGAGCUUCAAGACCCGUGCCUUCACCACCAUCCUCGUCCUCUUCUCGGUGUUUACCGUGUGCUGGGCGCCCUUCACUGCCUACAGUCUGGUGGCGACCUUCAGCGACGGCUUCUACCACAAAGAGAGCUUUUUUCAAAUCAGCACCUGGGUCCUGUGGCUGUGCUACCUCAAGUCGGCCCUCAACCCUCUCAUCUACUACUGGCGGAUCAAGAAGUUCCGCGACGCCUGCCUCGACCUGAUGCCCAAGUACUUCAAGUUUCUUCCUCAGCUGCCCGGCAACACGAAGAGGCGCAUCCAGCCGAGCGCGGUGUACGUGUGCGGAGAGCAUCGCUCGGUGGUGUAAAGGAAACGUCCGCUCUGAAGCGCCGUUAGAAACGUUGUUUGACGUCGUGUAACCCUGCCGUUCUGGACCCGAGUUGGUGUUUUGGUGGCAUACUUUCUAUUGGUGAUGUGCAAAAUCAGCACUGCAUUGAAAAAAAGGCAAGGGGAUAAGUUUUGGAGGGGCCGGGGGGGCAGUUGCUACGGGUAAAGUUUUACUUUGUGUCAAACAUUGGUGGUGCCAACACAUUUGUUCACCGUGGUUUUUAUUAUAAUAUUAUAUUAAAAUAUAUAUAUCUAGGGUCCAACAGUACAUACUUGAAACCGUACUUGUGAUUUUCUACAAAACCCUUUUAAACAUUUUUUUUUUUUACUAAAGAAGCCAAAUGUGUUCAAUGUUAAACACAAACAGCCAAACAAGCACUUUGUUUAAAUACAACACAACAUCAAAUUGGCAAAAAUGUUAAUGAAAAAACUAAAAUCGUCAAUUUUUUGGGGAACCUUCGGAAAAAAUCUGAAGACAAAUGAAACAAUAUAAUCAUUUGAGUUUAAAAGCGUUGACUCGGCGCUCUUUUCCCCCGAGCGGUUAACGGUAGAAGCUGUUCUCAUCACUAGAUGGAUGAUGAGCGUCAACUCUUCUCCUUUCGUAACGUGACCUUGUUCCUGAUGUAACGCAGCGCUCAUGUCGGCCUGACGUCCCGUUGCCAACCCGUGUGUGUGUGUGAAGACUCCCAGGAGGUCACAGGGGUCAUCCGUUGGCUCGAGGGCAACUGGACUUACCGUGUGGAAGGAUCCAAUCAAAGAGGCUUUUCCCCUCUGCUGAAAUUCACCUUCAUCGCAUUUUUAAAAACAUGUGGCGUUGCAGACGCAGCACCGUGCUGCAUGCUCUGUUGAAGCAGCUCCUUUAGAAUCCAAGUUGCUAUUUUAUAGAUUUAAAUCCUGACGCAACACUUUAUCUGGCCUCGUACCUCCGGAUGUGCAGUUGCCUUUUGAGUGUGUGUGUGGAGACCUUUUCCUUUAUUUCCUCGCAUUUCAAGAAGUAGCAACUGAAGAGCUGUUUGAUCUCAACAAGCAGACCAAGCAACAGGUACAUUUGCCUUUUUUGAUUUAGUAAUUGUUGAUAAACGGCAGAGAUACCUCUUGAGCAGACGAGAGGGAUAUAAAUACCAACGUUCUCUUCUUGUUUAAUGUCAAACACGAGCAACCAUACAAGAUCUUUUAACGAAAGAUUUUUGAAAUCCGGAACUAUCUGGCUCAAGUCAAGAUUGCAAAAUUGUCCAAAUAUUCGACGCCAGCUUUCGAUGAUUGUCAGUUUUUAUGACUUGGCUCGACCGGCGCGUCGCUCUCGGAACAAACGGUAUUUAAACUGGAGCCAGCUCUCCACUCGGGAGAUGUUCUCCAGCCAACGGAUAAACACCCCCGUUGAAUUUGCUAUUGCUCUUCGAGUUCUUCAUAGCUCCGGCUCUUUCUCCACCUGCUCCACACAAAGGACAAACGUCUUCUCUGAGGACGAUGAUGGGAUGUCAUUCAGGGUCGUGAAAAAUUAAAUCAAAUCGUUUUUAAGUGAAGUAGUCUUCUGAAGGAAACUGUCAAAGUAAAUGAAAACACUUUGAUCACUCCUGGAAUGCACUGAAUGGCUCAUAUCGUGUGAGAGUUUGAAACGAGUAAAUCUCUCAUUGAAUGUUGUACUAGAGGAGGCGCUGCUGGGGCCCACUGGUCUUUACCUGCCACUGGAAUCACGAGUCUCGGAAGAAGGGGUGGGGGGGGGGGGGGGGUUUAGCUGCGUAGAACUUGUUUUAUGAGGCAUGUAAAUUAAUAGCUUAAAAUAGAAUUUUAAAUAUGGUCAGAAAGUGCCCCCCCCCCCCCCCCACACACACACACACACACAUUUGGACAUGUGUAUUUCUAUUUAAAUGUUUUGGAUGUGCCUAUUAAUUAGUCCAUUUGCCAGUCAGAAUGCUGCUAUAUCUGGUGAAAAUGUGCAAUUUGAGUGUACUGUACUGUUGAAUGUAAUAAAGAAAUAGACAUUUCUUA